AAGAAGAGAAAAAAUAUAUAUCUUCAUCACUCUACACAAACACAUCAACUGCUCUGAUUCCUAGAGAGAAAGACAAGAUCUUGAAGGAGAUUGGAAUUGUUCUUCUCUUUUAGUCUCAAUUUUCCCUGAGAAAGAACAUUGAUUUCUUCUCAGGAGAAGAGAAUUAUUUUUAUAAAAAAAAAUCCAAUCUUUUUCUCAUAAUUCUUGGUGUUUUCUGCUCCAGAAGAUAGCUCUCCCUCUUUAUAUGUCUCAUUGCAGACAUUUUCUGGAGAGUAUUUGAAGUCAUAUCCGCAGAUCUAUUGGUAGGACUCAGUGCAAUUUUUUUUGCUGUUUUUCCUGUGAAAAUCUAUCUGUUGUAUAAAUUCACGGCCGCCUUUAUGGUUAUCUGGUUGAAGGGUAUAUAGAAUACAGAAAUAUUCAGAGACAGAAGAGGAGUAUGGAUAAGUUACAGUGGGGGAAUAGGAAAAGACUGAGAUGUAUGAAGGUGAAGGUGAAGGAAUCGGUUUCAAAUGGGAAAUCGGAUGGGGGUGGGGGUGUGGUGAAGAGGAAAAUCACAUCUAGAGUUGUUGAUAAUAGCAAAGAGGCUAAUGCUGCUGCUAAUGCUUCAUCUCCUUGUCGUAUCAACAGGGAUUUGGGGACGAAUAGAUCUAAUGGAAACCACGAGAAUAAAAAGACAACAACAUUGUCUCCAGAGAAAGAAGAUAGGUAUUACACCACGAGAGGAUCGGUAGGAUUGGAUGAGCAUAGCAAGUUAUUUAUGGACUCGAGGGAGGAGAAGAAGAAGGUGGUUUGGCCAAAACUGCUUGUCACAUUAUCCAGUAAAGAGAAAGAAGAAGAUUUCAUGGCCAUGAAAGGUUGUAAACUUCCUCAGAGGCCUAAGAAGAGGGCAAAGUUGAUUCAAAGAACCAUUCUUUUGGUGACUCCAGGUACAUGGUUGUCGGAUCUGUGCCAGGAGAGGUAUGAAGUGAGGGAGAAGAAGACUUCUAAGAAGAAGCCAAGAGGGUUAAAGGCAAUGGGAAGCAUGGAAAGCGACUCGGAAUGAGAUUUGGGAGAGGAAAAGAUAAGAGAAGAGGCUGGAGAUGGAGAUUGAUUUGAUAUUUCCCUUUUGGUAACUUGUAGUAGUGAUAGAUAGUGUUGAGGGAGUAGAAAUUUGGGCUAUGAUGUGUUGUGCUGUGCUAAUCUCAUCCCAUUUUGAUGUUAAUACCCUUUUUUCAGAUUGUCUUUAUUUAUGCAUUUGUUUUCCCUGAUUUCA